UCUAUUUCUCAUCAUAUCCUCAGUCCGAGAUAUCUCAGUCCAAAAGGCAAAAACCUAAUCGUUGCCGCUGUUGCAUACCCAAGUUGGUUAUAAGAAUUGAUCAGAUUAAUAUGCAUAUGCGGCAUAUAUAUACGCUGCUUACCAUCUCUUUGUGGUUGUUAUUGCUAACAGCUUUGCCGCCAUGCCUGUCUCAACUUUGUAGCCAGCAGCCAUACAAGUGCGGAGGACUGCCUGACCUAUACUACCCAUUUUGGGGAAAUACCCGGCCCUCUUACUGUGGCGGCGGCCACCAAUUCAACCUAACCUGCUACAACUCCGACCACACAUUCAUUUCAAUGGGGUCACAACAAUUCGAAGUGGUGGACAUUGACACCCAAGCUCACAUCAUGACAAUGGUGCUGAAAGAGUAUGAUGAUGUUUGCUCUCCCCGCUUGGACUUUUCCCUCAGUCCCCUCUUCUGGUACGCCAAAACUGUCCACAACAUCACCAUAUUCUACGAUUGUCCCUCGGAGGUAGUUUCUUCUGUGAACAACUUUACCUGCGGAGCGGAGAAUAAUCAGACUGAUGGUGUAUACUAUGUUGGUGGGGAAGAUGAGUUGUUGCAACAAAAUGUAGAGCUACGGAAAUGCCAGCGGCGAAAACAAGUUCCGGCGGACGAGAGCGCUCCUUCCCCUGAUGGUGGUGUGAAUGCUCUGUAUGCAGCUUUAGAGGUCGGGUUUCAGGUCAACUAUGUGGUUUCUAAGGAGUGCAUGACAUGCCUCGCAACUGAUGGUGUUUGCGGCAGAUUUGAUGAUGAUCAUUUCAUCUGCUCUCAUCGCAAAAGUAAUGCGUUGCACGGGAAAAUGCCAGUUAUCAUUGGUGUUACGGGUAGUGUGGCUGGACUAAUAUUAAUAUGCAUCACUAUUUGGUGCUCGUUGAAAUUAUUCAAGUCAUCUAGAUGGCAAGAAAGAUUUUGGUUAAGGACUAAUAGGAACCAAGAUAUUGAGGCCUUUUUAAAAAGUCAUGGAGCUCUAACGUUAAAGAGAUAUAAAUUCUCAGCAUUGAAGAAACUCACCAACUCCUUCAAAUGUAAAUUGGGUAAAGGAGGUUUUGGUGUUGUGUACAAAGGAUUGUUACCCAACGGAUGUCCAGUGGCUAUAAAGAUUUUGAACCCAUCCAAAGGAAACAAUGAAGAAUUUAUUAACGAGGUAGCUAGCAUCAGUAAAACUUCUCAUGUUAACGUUGUCACUCUUCUUGGAUUUUGUUUAGAAGGUUACAAAAAGGCUCUCAUCUAUGAAUUUAUGUUUAAUGGUUCUUUAGAAAAGUUUAUUUGCACUAAUAAUAGAAUACCAAUUGCUCCAUCGUUAAGUUGGAGCAAAUUGUAUCAAAUUGCAAUAGGAGUAGCGAGAGGGUUAGAGUACUUACACAAAGGAUGCAAUACUCGAAUCUUACAUCUUGACAUAAAGCCACAUAAUAUUCUUUUAGACGAGAAUUUUUGUCCUAAGAUAUCAGAUUUUGGAUUAUCAAAAUUGUGCCUCAAGAAAGAAAGUAUUAUUUCCAUAUCAGAUGCUCGAGGAACAAUAGGAUAUAUAGCUCCAGAAGUGUGGAAUAAAAAUUUUGGUGGAAUUUCUUACAAAUCUGAUGUUUAUAGCUACGGAAUGAUGCUACUAGAAAUAGUUGGAGGAAGGAAGAAGAGUGAGAAUGCAGAAGGCUCAAGUAGUGAAUAUUUUCCAGACUGGGUAUAUAGAAGGCUUAAGGAAGUAACUCAUGGGGAGGUAGCCACAGAAGAAAAUGUGAUCAUUAGAAGAAUGACUAUGGUAGGUCUAUGGUGCAUUCAAAGUAUUCCAAGUGAUAGACCGACAAUGAAUAAAGUGUUAGAUAUGUUGGAAGGCAAUAUUGAUACCAUAGGAAUCCCUCCAAAACCUGUUGUGUCUUCUCCAGUUAGAUCAGAGUGAUACAAUCAACUUCAACUAUGCUGGAUCAAUGUAAUUGUUUGAUUUUUUUUAGUGCAUUGUGUUGGAUGAUGCUAUUUAUCAUUUUAUUUGAGAACAGUUA